GAAACUGAAAGUAGGAACUAUGGGCAGUAUUUGUAAUAAGGCUGUUGGUGUAUUUUUCGAGUAUGACACGCCUAGAAUAGUUCAUAUUCGUAGCAAAAAAGUCGGUGUGAUAAAUCGUCUGCUUCAGUUAAUAAUUAUUGGAUAUGUUAUUGGAUAUGCUAUAGUGUAUAAAAAAGGUUACCAGGAGAAUGAUGCAGUGCAGAGUGCUGUCACAACAAAGUUGAAGGGUGUGGUCUAUGUCAAUCAAUCACAGUAUCCAGAUAUAACAACAUCUGUUUGGGAUGUUGCUGAAUAUGUUGUCCCUCCACAGGAGAAUAAUGCAUUUUUUGUGAUAACAAAUUUGAUAGAAACACCUAAACAGACAAUAGGUAUUUGUUCUGAGGAUCCUAAGGUGUUAGGCGCUAACUGUACAACAUCCAGUCAGUGUCCGGCAGGAAAAGUACUUCCGGCUGGAAAUGGUGUAUUAACAGGAGAAUGUAAUACAGCAGUUGGACGUUGUUUUAUACGAGCAUGGUGUCCUGUAGAAAAUGGUGCUGCAAAAGCACCUAAUCCACCAGCACUUUUAGGAUCAAAAGAUUUUACAGUCUUUAUUAAAAACAAUAUACAGUUUCCUAAGUUUAAAGUGAAAAGGAGAAAUUUAUUAGAUUUCUUUAACAAUUCAAUGUUGUCGAGUUGUCGAUAUAAUCAAAACCAUCCAGAGGAUCAGUAUUGUCCUAUUUUCAUUCUGAAUGAUAUUGUAAAUCUAACGGGAAGUAGCUACGAAGAAAUGGCUGGCUCGGGUGGUGUAAUAGAAAUACAGAUACAAUGGAACUGUAACUUAGAUCUCAGUGAAUCUGAUUGUGUUCCUAAAUACAUAUUUAGACGUCUUGAUAGCUCUGAUUAUAAAAUAUCUAAAGGAUAUAACUUCAGAUAUGCUAAGUAUUAUAAAGAAAAUGAUACAGAAUACAGGACAUUAUUUAAAGCCUUUGGUAUCAAAUUCAUUCUCUCUGUGACAGGAGAGGCUGGUAAAUUUAAUUUGGAGCCUUUUCUGAUCAAUGUUGGUAGUGGAUUGGCUAUAUUGGGCAUGGCCACAGUCAUUUGUGAUAUAGUGGUAUUAUAUUUCCUGAAGGCUAGAAAUCUUUACAAAGAUAAGAAAUACUUACAAGUGGUUGGAGAUGAUGCUUAUAAGCCAAUUGGAGUUGAUAGGCAGCCACUACUUGCUGAAGAGAGUGGAGCUCCAAUACACAAUGACAGACCACAUACAACUGGACGACCAAAAUGAUGAGGACAAAUCUGAAUGAACAUUUCUUACAUUCCAUUGAUGAAGAAAGGUCAUAUUGACUACACAUAGAAAUAGUGCCAUAUUAUUUUUAACAUUUUGGUAGACUAUUAGGGUAAAAAGUCUAAGAAUUCUGAAUUGAUGAGUGCCAUAUCAACCAACAUAUAUAUGAAUAUGAAAAUUAAUUAUGUCACAAAAAGAAAAAAUGUAUAUUUUAAAAGUUUUUAUUGUAAUUUACAAAGGAGAUGUUUUUAUUUCCAGAGCACUAUCUUUUAUGUCUUACAAAUACAUCAAUCAAAAAUCAUGUAUAAAUAACAAGUAAGCAUGCAAUAUAGACAGACUCCUUGGUGCCUCUUUUAUUUUCUAAUAAACUCCUUUCCAAUACAAUGUAUUUACAAAAACUGAAAAAUAUUUUUGGAUAACACUCUGAUCACAAAAAUCAUUUUCUAAUAAUUAAGAAAUUUUAAUAUGAUCAAAAAGAAAUCCUGCAUCUACCAUAUCAAAAUCGUAGUUAAUGCUCCUUUCCACAUUCAUUAUCUUGUCAUAAUUUACAUUAUUGUUUCAAAUGUGUUUGGAUUCCAAAUAUUUCAAUUGUAAUUUAUAUUUCUGUUAUAUUUCAUCUUAAAAUGCAUAAUUUAUGUCCCAAUGUUUCAUAUGAGAUACUGUGGACUGAUUUAUUUUCGGGGGUACCAAUUUUCUUGGAUUGAACAAAGCUAACACUUCCGUUGGCAUUUAAUUUCGUGGUUCAUCUUUUACCAAGGAAAUCCAUGAAAAUUGGUAUCCAAUGAAAAAUAAUGAAUCCACAGUAGAUUACACUUAUACAUGUUAUAUUUCUGUUACUUUUCU